AGAGGUGUGUCGCUGCAAGAAAAUUGUGAUAGCAAGUCUCUAGUAAAGUUAAAAGUGGUUUACAAAAUCUUAGUUAGUAGAUAGACCCAAAACGAUGAAACCGAUGGUACCAUCAUCAUCUGCAUCAUAAUUUGCCUCUUAUUUUUGUUUUAUUGUUUCUUUUGCAAUCUAAAUUUUUCUCUCUCUCUUUCUGCUUUUCACCUUCAUCACUUGUUAAUAAUUUGUUCACCCUUCACCUGUAACAUUUGCAUCAUCUUCUUUAUUCAUCAUCAUCAUUACCCUUUGCCAUCAACACUAUCGAUUCCACAAUCAACAAUAACAACACAACUGUAACAACCCGACGACAAUAACAACAUUGUGUGUGCAUUUGUGUCUUUUUAUGAAUUUGGCAUCAACAGUUAAACUGAACUUCAUUAGUAACAAUCAUAUACGUUUCAACUAAUAAUCAUCACAUCAACAUAUACAACUUUCAACCAUUUCACUCUUCCCGCUUAAUUUUUACCAGUUUAGUUUUGCUUCUUCUUUUUUUUACCAUUUGCCUUCAUCUUUUUUUUAAGAAAAAAUUUAUUAUUUUUUAUUCUUCUGUAAAUUUAAUUUUUAAACAUCUUUAAAUAUGCCUGAAAUAGCCUUGACCGGAGCAUCUAAUCCACCAAUUCAUUCUUCAGUGUGUCGAUCUAUUGAUUUCGGUGAAUGCCGACGAAAGCGAGACGUUGAUGGAUUUUUAAGUAAAGAGUUUGAAUCAUUAAGGAAAAAAGACACAGCCAGAUGGAAUUUCGAUUUUUACAAUGGUAAACCAUUAAAAGGACAAUAUGAGUGGAGACGAGUUACUCGGAGCCAAAGAAAUUUAUCAAAGAAUUGUUUGUUUAAUGAUGAUCAAUAAAGUUUUGUUUAUUUACCUCUAAAAUACAAAGAAAAAAUGCUAAGUUAAAUUGAAUUGGCGCCAAAAAAUUGUUCAAACGCCAUCUAUCAAACGACGUGGCAACUAGUGUAACUAAACUCCUAUGCGCUGUAAUUAAUUUGUUUAUCCACAUGUUUUCAUUAACAAACACUUUUUAUCUACACUCUGUUAAAAUGCAUUACCUUUUCUUCUCUCAAUAUUAAUAAUUGUUCUAAUUUAAUUUAAAUCAAUUGUGUCCACCCUUUAUUACUCUACAAAGUUAACUAAGUGUCGUUUGGUUUAAAAAACUGGAUGGUGCUUUUAUUCUGUUUUUUUUAUAAGCUUUGUCUCGACUGAAAUUUCUUUCCUCUACAACUUCAAGCUCUACUUUUAAAAAUGCCCAAAUUACUUGAUAGUGACGAUGAAGGUACCAUUGGAGGUGAGGAUACCUUCAAUAUUAAUGAAAAUUAUGCUACUGCUUAUGAAAGAUGGAGACAAAAAGAGGAGUAUCAGAAGCUUAAAGAUAAAUACGGAGAAGACAUUCUGAGUGAGGAUAGUGUUGCUUCGUAUGAUGACGAUGAAAGUGAUGAGAGUUCGGAAAGUGAAAGUGUCUCUGAUGUGAAUGAAGCUAUCUUCGAUGAACAAUUUCUUAAAGUUUAUGGGGCCUUGAAAGCUAAAGAUCCUUUGAUAUAUGACAGCAAAGUUCGAUUUUUUGAUAAAAAGGAUGAAGACGGUUCUGCAGAGAAAGUCGAAGAUGCUGAUGAACCUCAGGUGAGCUCAAAAGAAAAGAAAAAAUCCAAAGGAAUGAAUCUAUUGGAGUAUCAUCGAAAUCUGGUUGUCAACGAAAAAGGUAUCACUGAAGAGGAUCGAUUAUUGGAAAGCGGUGGCUUCCCAGAGAAACCGCAUAAGUCAAGUUAUGUCCAGGAGAUGGAGAAUAUUAAGAAAGAGUUUAAGAGUUUCCUUGAUGAUGAUGGCGACGAGGAAGAGUUAAUUGUAGGAGUAAAGCAAAUUCCAACCGAAAAAGCCGCCAGUCCUGCUGAUGUCCUUCGCAAAGCUGCCCAAAGUGAUGAGAAGAUAGGAUUUCUAGCCAAUUAUUGGAGCAAAAAAGAUUUAGACAAUCGUGAACAAUUUUUGAAAGACUAUAUUUUGAACAGAAAAUAUCUAGAUCCAGCCGACCGAGAACAAAACAAGUUUAAUCCGAAAGUCAAGUCAGCAGAGCAAUUUGCAAAUAUGUCAUCUAAACCUAUUGAAAACGAAUCAUCAGAAGACGAUGAUGAUGAUGGCGAUGAUGAUGAUAACAAAGAGAUGAAUAUUUCUGAAAGAUUGACAAAUUUAAAUGAUAAAACUGCUUAUCAUUUCCAAGAGACAAAUGCUGAAGUUAUCAAAAGAUAUCCAAGAGAAGUUGAAAGUGUACGAAAUAUUGCAAGUUUGGGUUCUCGAAAUUUGAGAAGAGCAGAAAUAAAGGAACGCAAGGCCAAAGAAAAGCAAGAGGCUCUGCAAAGAUUUCGCGAACUUCGCCGGGCAGAGGUCAGAGCAAAGUUAGCAAAGUUAAAGGAGAUCAGUGGAAAUGAUCGACUUUUGGCGGGUGAAGAACCUGACAUAGAUGCAAUUGUAGACGAUAUUACCAAUUUUGAUCCAGACAAAUAUGACCAAUGCAUGUCAAAAUUAUUUGACGAAAAAUUUUACGAUGUUUCCGGUCACUCAGAAUCAAUUAAGAAGCCCACAUUUGACUUUAUUCCCGGUAUUGAUGAUGUCGAUGACAACCUAAACCCAAUCAACCAAGAAGCUGCUGGUCAUGAAGUUGAAGAGGAGGAUGAAGAUGCUGGUGAUGAUGGAACAUCAAAUUCUCGCAAAAAGAAUAAAAAGAAAAAGAAAAAGGGAGAGAAAACUCCAGCAGACAAGAAAAACAUUGGAAUUUAUGAAGAUGUUAUUGCUGGUGAAAUUCCAACUCGUUUUAGAUAUCGUGAGGUUCCUGCAAAUGAUUUUGGCCUUACACCUGAAGAAUUGCUAUUUGCAGAUGACAAAGAACUCAAUCGCUGGGUUUCACUGAAAAAAACCUGCCAAUAUCGUCCAAUGGAGGAGGAAACGUAUGAUAUCAAGAUAUAUGGACGUCGAGCAAAUGAUAUAAAUUUAAAGCAAAGAAUCUUGAAAAGUGUUUAUGACCCACAAAAGGAAUCAACUGAUGCAGAUGAUAAUGAGCAAGAAGAAGACGACCAGCAAGAUGAAGCUCAACACAAUAACCCGAGUAGCAGUCAAACUGACCAUCAACAGCCAGGCAAACGUAAAAGAUCAUCAAAGCGUAAAAGGCCAGUGAAAAAGUCAAAAGGUCUCAAUUUAACUGCAGAAAGAUUGCGAUCUUACGAUUUACCAUCCAAAGUUAUCAAGAAAUUGCAUUAAUGCAAAAUAGUGCAAUGCAAAGCAUAAAUGAAUGUAAAUUUAUAAUUUGCUAAUCGCGCAACAUUGAUAUAAUAAUUAAAUGUUUUUGCAAAAUAAU